AUGUAUCUAACCCCAAAAGAGAGGAAGAAGUUGAGAAGGAGAAAGAGACAAGAAAGAGAAAGAGAGAAACAAGACAAAAUCCGCAUGGGUCUUAUGCCUCCGCCUCCUCCUAAAUGUAAACUCAGCAACCUGAUGAGGGUUUUGGGUGACGUGGCUGUUGCUGACCCAUCAAAAACAGAGAUUAGGGAUCCCUCAAAAACAAAUAUUAGGGACCCAUCAAAAACAGAGAAGAAGCUGAAACAACAAAACAACUGCAGCGUCGCCGUCUUCAGGGUGAAGUCUCUCGCUAACAAACGCCAUUUGUUUAAGGUGGAUACAAACGCUAAACAGUUUCACGUUACUGGGGUUUGCGUAAUCCCCCCUUCGCCGGCUUGGGCUGUCGUGGUUUUCGAAGGGUCUCACAAAUCAAUAAAGCGGCUUCGAGCUCUGAUGGAGAGAAGAAUUAAAUGGGCAGAGGCGGAUAUGGGCCCCAAACAAACAGAGCCUGAUUCUGAUGAUGAGGGAAACGACGCUCCAGCCUCAAACGAGGAGUGCUGUCUCUGCUGGCUGGGUUUAGGGUUUAGGGUUUUGGGGGGAGCACUACUGGGAGACAGCACAAAAAUUCAGAGACACGCGGAUCGACUACUAACACAAGCAGCAGCAGCAGCAGCAACAGCAGCAGCAGCAGCAACAGCAACAGCAGCAGCAGCAGCAACAGCAACAGCAGCAGCAGCAGCAACAGCAACAGCAGCAGCAGCAGUAGGUGCGGCAGCAGCAGCAGCAGCAACAGCAACAGCAACUGCAGCAGCAGCGGUUACAGUAGCAGCUGCAGCAGCUGCUCCAGUAGCAGCAGCAGCAGCAGCUGCAGCAGCAGCAGCAGCAGAGGCUGCAGCAGUUACUGUGAAGAAGGGUUUGCUUUUGCUGCUUGGAUUUGUUGAGUUGCAACAAACCGAAAAACUAUUUUAG